AUGGCAGCCGGACACAAUUACCGGGGAUAUGAUCCCUAUCCAUCUGCUUAUAUAAGACGUUUCCAAGAUUGCAAGCUUACACUCCCAUACUGCACAGCUACCACCAGGCAGAGCACUCAGGACAAGAUCCAACAAAACAAAAUGUCGGGCACAGAUAAUUACGGUUAUGACACUCCGGCGACGGCGCCGCCGAGGAGGGGCGGUGGUGCGGGCUAUGAUGCGCCGGAGGGGGUGGACAUAAGGGGAAGAUACGACCAAGAGUUUGCAAAAAUUCUAACUAGGGACGCCCUGCAGUUCGUGGCUGACCUGCAGAGGGAGUUCAGGGGCCACAUCAAGUACGCUAUGGAGUGUCGAAGGGAGGCAAAGGCAAGGUACAAUGCAAAGGUCAUGCCAGGUUUCGAUCCGGCGACUAGGUACAUCCGGGAGGGGGAUUGGACUUGCGCUCCACCUCCUCCGGCAGUGGCGGAUCGGAGGGUGGAGAUCACGGGGCCGGUAGAGAGGAAGAUGAUCAUCAACGCCCUAAACUCAGGUGCUAAAGUCUUCAUGGCUGACUUUGAAGAUGCACUCUCGCCAAACUGGGAAAACCUGAUGAGAGGGCAAGUGAACCUCAAGGAUGCUGUGGAAGGAACCAUAAGCUUUCAUGAUAAGGCUAGGAACCGGGUCUACAAGCUCAAUGACCAGAUUGCUAAGCUUUUUGUCCGCCCUAGAGGAUGGCACCUGCCUGAGGCUCAUAUUUUCAUUGAUGGCGAGCCAGCUACCGGUUGCCUGGUGGACUUCGGCCUGUAUUUUUAUCACAACUAUGCAACAUUCAGGAAGACGCAAGGUGGCGGGGAAGCAAGGAUAUGGAACAAUGUGUUUGAGAGGGCUGAGAAAACGGCUGGAAUUGAAAAGGGGAGCAUCAGAGCCACUGUUUUGAUAGAAACACUACCUGCUGUGUUCCAGAUGGAUGAAAUCCUCUACGAGCUAAGGGAUCACUCCGUCGGUUUGAACUGUGGAAGAUCUCCUCAUCAGGACCUGCCAUCGCCGUGGCGUGCAUGCAAUGGGAGGCAUGCUCAAAUUCCAAUUAGAGAUGAUGCAGCAGCUAACGAGGCGGCUCUGGAGCUGGUGAGGAAGGACAAGCUAAGAGAGGUAAGGGCAGGGCAUGAUGGAACUUGGGCAGCCCACCCUGGGUUGAUUCCAGUCAUCGUGGAAGUCUUCAACAACCACAUGGGCAAUGUGCCUAACCAAAUCCAAACGGUGAAGCGAGAAGAUGCAUCGACCUUGACUGAAGAAGACCUUCUGCAGAGACCUGUAGGGGUCCGAACCAUGGAAGGACUCCGGCUCAAUGCACGCGUUGGGAUCCAGUACUUGGCUGCCUGGCUCACUGGAACAGGGUCAGUUCCUCUAUACAACCUCAUGGAGGAUGCUGCCACAGCUGAGAUUAGCAGAGUUCAGAUUUGGCAAUGGUUGAAGUAUGAAGUGGAGCUGGAUGGAGAUGGUCUUGGGUGA